AAAUUAGCAAAUAAGAAAAGCAGUUGAUCCAAAUUUAAAAAUAGAAGAAACAAAUAAGUAGACACUUCUCGACGUCUGCCCCACUUUGUAUCGCCAUUUCCACCCCACUGCGCCACUGCUGCGGACCGCCAUACUCUCUCCUCACGCUACACAUAAUUUCAGCACUUUUUGCUGGAAUCAGUGAGGAGGAAUUGAAAAUUUCCAGGGUUUCGGUUUCGAUUUUGAUUUUUUCACGUACUUAUUUGUGCACUGUGUGUUUGAAAUAUCUAGGGUUUACAUUGUGCCCUAAGUUAUCGUCGGCGUCGCAUUUCUGAGAAAAAAUGGCUGGAAAAAAUGUGAUCUCCGAUGACGAAGAUGAAGUCGGAAUGGAGGAAGAGGAGAGGGAUGAAGAGCCUGUUGAUGGGGACGGAGUGGAUGAGCGGGAAGAUGAGGAUGAAGACGAAGAAGAAGAAGAAGGUCAGGAUGAAUAUGAGAAAGAUGGGUUUAUAGUAGAUGAUGUAGAUGAAGAAGAGGAUGAGGAUGAAGAUGAUAGAGCUGACAGUGAUGAUGAGAGGCAAAAGAAGAAGAAAAGGAAGAAAAGGGAAUCGGAGAGGAAUUACGUGCUUGAUGAAGAUGAUUAUGAACUUCUACAGGAAAGUAAUAUUGCGGUGCCUCGUCCAAAACUUGAGAGCAAAAAGUUCAAGCGGCUAAAAAAAGCUCAGAGGGAUAUGGAGGAUGAGGGUUCUGGUUUUUAUGAGGAGGAGGAGUUUGACGAAACUGGGAGGCGAGGGCGUACAGCUGAGCAGAAGCUCGAGCGUAGCUUAUUUGGUGAUGAUGACGGGCCACCACUUGAGGAUAUCGCCGAGGAGGAAGAAAGGCUGGAGGAAGAAGAGGAUGCUGACAUUGGUGAGGAAGAUGAAAUGGCCGACUUUAUUGUUGAUGAAGAAGAAGUUGAUGAACAUGGUGCUCCUAUUCGAAGGAAGAAGGUGAACAAAAAGAAGUCCAGGCAGGCACCAGGAGUUUCUUCCUCUGCUCUCCAGGAAGCCCAUGACAUAUUUGGUGAUGUUGAUGAACUUUUAAUGCGUCGAAAACAAGAUCGAGCAAAAUCAGGCAUGCACGAUGAAUCCGGUGAAUGGAGUGAAAGGAGACUUGAAGAUGAAUUUGAUCCUACUAUUCUAGCUGAGAAGUAUAUGACUGAGAAGGAUGAGCGCAUUCGGAAAAUAGAUGUCCCUGAAAGAAUGCAGAUAUCUGAGGAAAGCACUGGUCCUGUGCCACCUGAAGUCAUUUGUGUGGAGGAGAGUAACUGGAUCUACAAUCAGCUUGCUGAUGGCGUUGUGCCUCUUUUUAAGAAGAAAGAUGGCGUGAAAACUGAUGAAGUGGCUGAGCUGCCAAUAGAUAAAGAUGAUAUUAUGAGAUUUCUGGAUUUGAUGCACGUGCAGAAGUUUGAUGUCCCAUUCAUUGCCAUGUACCGUAAGGAAGAAUGCAUGAGCCUAUUAAAGGAUCCAGAAGAGGUACCUUGUCAGAAAAAGGAUCCAGAAGAGGAUGAAGCUAGUGAUGACGACGCCAAUAAUUCUGACGAAAAACCUGCAGUAAGAUGGCAUAAGGUGCUUUGGGCAAUCCAAGAUUUAGACAGAAAGUGGCUCCUCCUCCAGAAGCGGAAGUCUGCACUUGAGUUGUACUAUAAAAAGCGCUUUCAAGAAGAGUCCCGUAGGGUGUAUGAUGAAACACGUCUAAAGUUGAAUCAGCAGCUCUUUGAAUCAAUUACCAAAUCACUCCAGGCGGCUGAGUCUGAAAGAGAGGUUGACGAUGUUGACUCCAAAUUUAACUUGCACUUCCCACCUGGAGAGGUUGGUGUGGAUGAAGGACAAUAUAAGAGGCCAAAGAGGAAAUCACAAUACAGUAUUUGCAGCAAAGCCGGCUUAUGGGAAGUGGCAAGCAAGUUGGGAUACAGCGCCGAGCAAUUUGGUAGACAUAUGUCUCUGGAAAAGAUGGGAGAUGAGCUGGAGGAUGCUAGGGAACCACCAGAAGAGAUGGCAUCAAACUUCACCUGUGCAAUGUUUGAAACACCACAAGCUGUGCUUAAAGGCGCUAGACACAUGGCAGCAGUAGAGAUAAGCUGUGAACCAAGUGUCCGUAAAAAUGUGCGUGUUACCUAUAUGGCCAACGCCGUAGUAUCAACGAGUCCUACUCCUGAUGGGAAUGCGGUGAUUGAUUCCUUCCAUCAAUUUGCUGGGGUCAAGUGGUUACGGGAUAAACCUCUCUCCGAAUUUGGGGAUGCACAGUGGCUUCUCAUACAGAAGGCUGAAGAGGAGAAACUCCUUCAAGUUACUAUCAAGCUGCCUGAAGUUCAUCUUAACCAGCUGAUAACUGAGUCGAGAGAUCAUUAUCUCAGUGAUGGCGUGAGUAAAUCUGCUCAGUUAUGGAACGAACAGAGAAAGUUAAUACUUGAGGAUGCAAUUUUCAAUUUUCUUCUGCCUUCAAUGGAAAAGGAAGCAAGAUCCUUGCUAACAAGUAAAGCAAAGAAUUGGCUGCUGAUGGAAUAUGGAAAUGUUUUGUGGAAUAAAGUGUCAGUUGGACCAUAUCAACGCAGAGAAAACGAUCUUGGCUCUGAUGAAGAGCCUGCACCCAGGGUUAUGGCUUGCUGUUGGGGCCAUGGAAAGCCAGCAACCACUUUUGUGAUGUUAGAUUCUUCGGGAGAGGUUUUGGAUAUCCUUUAUGCUGGAUCUCUCAGCCUUCGUGGCCAGAAUGUUAAUGAUGAGCAGCGGAAGAAGAAUGACCAGCAGAGACUGCUAAAAUUCAUGAUGGACCACCAACCACAUGUUGUGGUGCUGGGGGCUGUAAAUCUGUCCUGUACACGGCUUAAGGAGGAUAUUUAUGAGAUUAUUUUCAAGAUGGUGGAGGAUAAUCCAAGAGAUGUUGGUCAUGAGAUGGAUAAUCUGAACAUAAUAUAUGGAGACGAAUCCCUUCCGCAUCUCUAUGAGAAUUCCCGCAUUUCCGCUGACCAGCUUCCUACACAGUCAGGUAUUGUGAGGCGGGCUGUGGCAUUGGGACGUUAUCUUCAAAACCCAUUAGCAAUGGUAGCGACAUUAUGUGGACCAGGGAAGGAAAUUGUAUCUUGGAAGCUGAAUACGUUAGAGAGCUUUCUCACACCAGAUGAGAAGUACGACGUUGUUGAACAGAUUAUGGUGGAUAUAACUAACCAGGUGGGUGUUGAUCUUAAUUUGGCUAUAAGUCAUGAAUGGUUAUUUGCCCCACUGCAAUUUAUUUCGGGGCUAGGUCCCAGAAAGGCAGCAUCUCUUCAAAGAUCCCUGGUUAGACAACAGACAAUAUUCACAAGGAAGGAUCUCUUAACUGAACAUCAUCUUGGCAAAAAGGUAUUUGUCAAUGCAGUUGGCUUCUUGCGAGUACGGCGCAGUGGAUACACCGCAAAUAGCAAUACAUAUAUUGAUUUGUUGGAUGAUACAAGGAUCCACCCAGAAUCCUAUAGUCUUGCACAAGAGUUGGCAAAAGAUAUUUAUCUUAAAGACAUGGGUGAAGAAGAUAAUGAUGACGAUGAAGUGCUUGAAAUGGCAAUAGAGCAUGUUAAAGAGAAGCCACAUCUGAUGAGGUCGGUUAAAACUUAUCAAUAUGCUAAAUCGAAGAAACGUAUAAAUAAAAGGGAAACACUUAAAGGUAUAAAGUUGGAGCUGAUACAAGGGUUUCAAGAUUGGCGGAGACAGUAUGUGGAGCCAAGCCAGGAUGAAGAGUUCUAUAUGAUUUCUGGUGAGUCUGAGGAGACUCUUUCCGACGGAAGAAUUGUGCAGGCAACAGUUCGUCGGGUUCAAACACAGAAAGCUAUCUGUGCUCUCGAGUGUGGAUUGACUGGCAUUCUUACCAAGGAAGAUUCUUCAGAUGAUUGGAGAGAUGUCAAUGAUUUGACAGAAAAAAUGCGUGAAGGUGAUAUCUUAACUUGCAGAAUCAAGUCAAUCCAAAAAAAUAGGUACCAGGUUUUCCUGAGUUGUAAAGAGAAUGAUAUGAGAAAUAAUAGGUAUCUGAAUAAUCAGAACUUGGAUCCAUAUUACCAUGAAGAUCGCAGUAGUUUACAGACUGAAAAGGAAAAAGCUCGUAAAGAAAAGGAGCUUGCAAAGAAGCAUUUCAAGCCAAGGAUGAUAGUUCAUCCCCGAUUCAAAAAUAUAACAGCUGAUGAAGCUAUGGAGUUCCUCUCUGACAAGGAACCGGGUGAAAGUAUUGUACGUCCCAGCUCACGUGGACCAUCAUAUUUGACUUUAACUCUCAAAGUGUAUGAUGGAGUUUAUGCUCACAAGGAUAUUGUGGAAGGUGGAAAGGAACAUAAGGAUAUAACAAGCUUGCUGCGUAUCGGGAAAACACUGAAAAUAGGAGAGGAUACUUUUGAAGAUUUAGAUGAGGUAAUGGAUCGGUAUGUUGAUCCAUUAGUAGCUCAUUUGAAGGCAAUGCUAAAUUACCGUAAGUUUAAGACGGGAACAAAGGCAGAAGUUGAUGAGCUUUUGAAAAUUGAGAAAUCUGAGUACCCUAUGAGGAUUGUCUAUAGCUUUGGUAUUUCUCAUGAACACCCUGGGACGUUUAUUUUGACUUAUAUACGGAGUUCCAACCCACACCAUGAGUAUGUUGGUUUGUACCCGAAAGGAUUUAAAUUCCGCAAGAGGAUGUUUGAAGAAAUUGAUCGCCUUGUGGCAUAUUUUCAAAGGCAUAUUGAUGAUCCCCACGACUCCGGACCAUCAAUACGAUCAGUUGCAGCAAUGGUGCCUAUGCGCAGCCCUGCAAGUGGGGGCUCCUCAGGAUUCGGUGGCGGGUGGAGUGGUUCAUCCAAUGAUAGUGGUCGAAGAGGUGGUCAGUCUGGGGACAGAGAUAGGUCUUCUGGUUCAGGUUCUAGACCAGGUAGAAAUGACUACAGAAAUCGAAGCAAUCAGGAUGAUCAAAGUGGAUUGCCACCAAAGCCCUACGGUGGUGGGGGUCGUGGCCGUGGUCGGGGUCGGGGACGUGGUAGAGGAAAUAAUGAUAAUGAAGGACAAGAUUCAGAUUAUGGCUCUCAAAAGUGGAGUUCUAAGGAAGGGGGAGGAGGAGGUUGGGGUGAAGGCCAAAAUUCACCUGCCAGAGAGACUUGGGGUGGUGGUGGUGGUGGUGGAGGAAGUGGUGCUGGAGGUGGUUGGGGUGCUAGUCCUAGUGGUGGUGGUAGUUGGGGAGGCAGCGGCGGCGGUGACAGCUGGGGGAAGGACACCGGUGGUCAGUCCGAGGAUUCUGGCUGGGGUGGUGGUAAAAAGUCGGGUGGCAGCAGCGGUGGGUGGUGAUCCUAUCUAUGAUCAAAGCUAUUGUAGUCCUUUUGGAUGUACGACCAAUCUUGACUUGUUUUCUUUCACAAGCAUAGAUAGUUCUCCAGGUUUCAAAUUUGCGUCCUUUACAAACUAUGAAUCUAUUCCCUCUCUAUAAAUGUUUUAUCUAUUAACAUGCA